AAAGGGAACUGCCCCCACUUCACAGAGGACAGAAGACUGCAGACAAGAGAGCUAACAUCACCAGAAUAACAUCUGGCUUUGGAUAAAAAUAAACCCACAGAACAUCAUGUCUGGCGAGCUUGAAUACUCAGGCUACUACUACGAGGAAGAGGACCUCCAUGCACCGUGCAACAACUCCAGCGUGCAGGCGUUCGGCCGCGUGUUCCUGCCCAUCCUCUACAGCCUGGUGUUCCUCCUGGGCGCCGUGGGCAACAGCGUGGUGGUUUGUGUGCUGCUGAAGCACUACAACCAGAUCAACAUGACGGACAUCUGCCUGUUAAACCUGGCCCUGGCCGACCUACUCUUCAUCCUGUCCUUGCCGUUUAUUGCCCACUACGCCGCCGCAUCCGAUUGGUCCUUUGGGGACUUCCUGUGUCGCUUGGUCACGGGAUGCCACAACAUCGGUUUCUACGGCAGCAUCUUCUUCAUGGUGGCCAUGAGUGUUGACCGCUAUGUGGUCAUACUUCACACUCACUCUGUGGCCAGGCACCGAUCUGUCCGGGUGGGGGCAGUCCUCUCUGUGUUGGUGUGGUUGGCCAGCCUGUGCGCCUCUCUCCCCACCCUCACCUUCACACGGGUGGAGGAAGGGCGGUGUGGACAGGAGUUUCCCGCAGGGACCAUGUGGCGCCAGUUUAGCUACCUGGAGAUGAACAUCCUGGGUCUCUUCCUCCCUCUCCUGAUCAUGGGGGUCUGCUAUUCUAGAAUCAUCCCCACCUUGGCCAACAUCAAAACCGUCAAGAAGCACAAAGCCAUCAAACUGAUCUUCAUCAUAAUCGUUGCGUUCUUCUGUUUCUGGACCCCGUACAACAUGGCGAUCUUCCUGCGCUAUCUGCAAACCAUAGCGGUUGUUUCGGCUGACUGUGACGUUUCCAAUAGCAUCGACAUGGCUUUGCAGUGGACAGAGACCAUCGCUUUCUCUCACUGCUGUUUGAAUCCCAUCAUCUACGCUUUCGCAGGACAGAAGUUCAGGAGUCGUGUUCAGAAGCAGCUGAGGGCGUGGUUGCCGGGGGUUUUCCCGCCGUCUGCGACGAGCGAGCUGUCAGACAGAAGGAGCUCAGUGUUGUCCAAGUCGUCUGACAUGACGACUACCAUCGUGGCAUGAGCUGGAAAGAAGACGAAAAGAAAUAGAUACUAAUAAUUGUUUGCUUUUAAAUACUGUGGAAACAAAACGUAUACAAAAAAUGUGAAUAGUUUAGAGCGACUGAUGAUAUUUUCAGGAUUCGGGCCUAAUAUUCAACAGUUUGCAGUAAAUUGCUGAGUCGGGUUAUUAAUUAGUUUAUUGUUAUUUGUGUUCGUUUGGAAGUUCUUACUCUGUGUUUGGUCUUCUGUAGUGUGAAACUUGCUUUUUAACAAGCCAACCACAAUGUUUCAGGAUGUAGCAAAUAGCCUACAAACAGAACUGUGAGUGUGUUAACACUCUUACUCACUGAGGCAGCUGAAUUGCAUAGGAGGUCACAAGACCUAAUCAUACACGUAGAGUGCUGUAUAUUUACACUUUUGUUUAUGCUAUGGUCUUUUUCAGAUUUCAAA